GUUUGUCGCCGUCAAAGCAGCAACAACCGGCACUGCAUUUUCUUAUUUUGUAUUCGAGAAAAUCGCGCCGAAAAGUGUGUUUUCAAGAAAAAUUUGUCCGGUCUCAAUAGUGUUUUGUGAGUUUGAUCUGUUGAAAUAAAUUUCCUCGAUAAAAGUAUGUGAAAGUGAGUUACAGUUUUAAGCAAGACACUUUUCAACCAAACUUAUUGCCACCAGUGAAAGGAGACCAUUCCAUUCAACAUGAAGCGACUUUUUGCAGGCUGAAAAGUCCAAAUCAGAGGAAUUAUUCCCUUACAAAUUUAUCCUCACUCAGCGUGUGGUCGUGGUGUAAAAUUACGUGUGGAAAAUUGCAAGAAAAAAAAAAAAACAAACAAACAACGGAGUGUGAAAACUGAGCGCGCCCAAUUUGCGUGAAACAAUAGUGAAGACGGCAGUGAAAAAUGGCCCCGGGCAGGUUACUUCCAUUGUUGGUGGCCAUAUUCUGCGGUUUUGGUGUUGGCGCCUCACCAACGACCACCCCAACGCUCGUUAGUGGUGGUGCAUCUGCGGAAGAUGAAGUGCUGCUGCUGGCCACGGCCCUGAACCGGGAUUACGCGGGCAAAACCAUUCUGCCCGAUUUGGGCGCCCUGCUGCGGUUGGAUGCGCUGCCGGAAGUGCACCGACCAGCGGCCGAACAGUUCCGGGCGCUGUGGGACGAGCAUCUGACCGGGGCGAAAGGAUAUGAUGUGGUUAGAGAUAUUCCGUUCACGUUGAUCAUCCCGAACCGCAUCGAUCGGGUGGCGCUGGAUUCGCUGGACGAGCCACGUGCCCGUGAAUUCCUGCUGGAGCACGUCAUCCCGGGCGCGCUGGUCGAACUCAAGGAUGGCCACGUGUACGCGAACGCGAACCAACAUCCGGUUGGGGUGAAUCUGACCUGCAUCAACAUGCUGCUGGGGUACGUGCUGAGGUACGCCCAGGACACCCAGGAGGUGCGGGUGGUCGGACAUCGGCACAACGUGACCGACUCGCUGGCGGUGGUGUUCGUCGAGGGAAAUCUCACCGAGAACAAGGCCGCGGUUAACACGAACAAGCUGAACAAGCGCAACAUCCAGGAGAAUAACCGUUACAACGAACCCCAACGCCUCGAGAUGAAAAACGCCACCAAAGAACUGGCCGCCAUCAAGGAGAACCGCAUCGGCCAGCACCUGAUGAACUUCCUGGCCAGCAUGAAAUCCGGCACCAAAGUGUUCCAGCACUUCCUGUCCAGCAGCAACCUAAGUCAACUACUGGACGACAGCUCAUACAUGGUCCUGAUCCCAUCCGAUACGGCCUUCCAGCGGUGGCACCCAAUCGACUGGGGCUUCUACCCGUUUAGCGUGCAGGAGUUCACCGAGAGUGUGCUGCGGAACCACUUUGUCCGCGUGCGGCAACCUCCACGGAUGGCCGAUUUGAGGAGUGGGGCUGGCGAGCAAAAGUUUAAAACGCUGGGUGGAGAAAUGGUCGUACUUAAGAGCAAGCCAAUUCCAAACGUAAACAACGUAUCGAUCAUGUACGACUACACGCUUUCCAACGGAGUCGAGGUGUUUGUAAUCUCUGAGGUUCUGUUUGUUUCGGAAGCCGUUGUGUCGCGACUACAUCAGAUGCACAAGGACAAGGAAACGCCCCCACUGCUGGCAUUCCCCUGGUUCGGCGCCCAAUUCCUGUCGCACUCCUUCCUGGCCCUGGAACGGGAUAACAGAUUCACGCAGAUUACGCGCUUCCUCAACACGGCCGAAAUUGCCCAGUUUAUCUCCGGCUCCAACUACACCUUCUUCGUCCCAACAGAUGAGGCCUUUGAGCGGUACAGCUUCGACAUUCUGCCGGAUAACGUGCUAGCGUCCGAAAAGGGCGUCAAACUUCUUCUAAACCACUUCAUCAAGGGACGCCUGUACGAUCGUGAUCUCAAGGACGGUGAAGUGCUGGACACGAUCGGCGGAAUGCCGGUCAAGAUCCACCGAACCUUUGACCAGAACGUCACCGUCAACAGUGCCCGCAUCGUCGAGUCCGAGGUCUUCGUCUACAACCUCGGCACCAUGUUCUACGUGGACGACGUGCUCUACCCGGAACUCCUCAAAGACGAAGUGACGGCCAUCACCGAGAUCAAAACCCCCGACAAGAACGUCCCCGAGGACGUCGGCUCGGAUAUCUACACCACGGACGUCGGCCAGCCGGAUCAGACCUCCUCCACGACACCAACGCCAGCGGCCACUUCGACAACGCACCGGACCUUCUUCACGACCAGUGCCGACGUGGAGUUUGUUCCGCUGGAGAUCACCGAGCAAAACGGCAGCGACGACGACUUCUUGCUGCAGGAUGACGAAAUUAUCACCCCGAAGGCGUUACCCGUCAAGUAUUACUUCGCGCCGAAGAAGUGAGCCUGAUCUGCGCUACUCAAAUGAAAUUGAAGCAAAUCGAGCCCCCUCAACGAGCAGUUUAUGUUAGAGCAGUGUUAAGCCAGCUUAAAAUGUGUACGUUGUAGUCAUGAAUCAUUCAUCGUCCUUCAUUUGUUCUGAUAAAAAAAAGAGUUUCACACAAAUCUAAACGAAUCAAUAUCUUGAUGGUCUUCCUGGAAUUUACAUUGCACAAACAAAAAUAUUGAAAUUUUAAAACAUUCCCUGCUUUCCAACCUGUUGAAAAAUUAGUCAUUUAACGGAAAAUCAUUUGGGGAAACGAAACAAAAAAUAGCUUUAUACAAGUAAGUGUUAAGAAGAUAAGCUAUUUAAAACAAAUAGCACAAAAAUAAACACUUACAGCUGACGAAAACAUAAGAAGUGAACAUAACUGAUCAAGUUUGAACAAGUUAUAGAAUGACAUUUUUCAGAAAGAUGUUUUAGAAUGUUGCUGUUUAUUAAUGGUCUGAUUUGGUAAAAAGCAUUAAAUUUAUCUGUUUUAAAUUUUGUGAAAAGUAAUAUUUUUCAAUAUUGUUCAGAUUUUAUCGGUGAAUUGAAUUAUCACUAAGUCAUUUUACUUAAAAUUCCAUUCAAAGGGUUUUUUUUCGAAAUUUCAAAUAAUGUUGUAUGGAACCCGUUGUAAAACUUGAUUUUUUUAAGCACUCGUCGUAUUUAAGCUCGUUGGAUAAAUGUACGACUCGUGCUGAAAAAAUAUUUUUCUACGACCCAAUGUGAAAUUUUUCUAUCUUUCCAAAGAUUUUUUCAUAACAUUCGGAUUAACAAUAACCAGCAAAAAAAACCGAUGGUAAAAUCGCAUGCAAAAGCAUGCACAUCACCUUCGUCACAAUAGACACUUAAUAUUACACAGUGCAUGUACAAUUUUUGCAACCACAAAAAAAGUUGCAACCGAUGGGAUUCAAACACAGCACCAACAGUAAGGAUUGGCGCCAUAGCCCACUCGGCCGUCAGACCGAUGAAUAGCUGAAAGGAUUAACGCUUGACAUUUCGGUCAAGUAGGUUUUCGAUACUGAUGGGCUACAUAUUUCAAGGUGUAAAAUUACAUAAAAUUGUAUAAAAUAAUGCAAAUUUUUAUUUUACACCCAGGCCUUUUACACGCAGCUGGAUAACUAAUUUUUCAGCUGUGUAGCAUUUCAAAAGGAGAAAAAAAGUUAUCUGUUUUUUUUUCAAAUGAUACGGUGAAUUUUUGAUUUUUAUUUUAUUGUAUUAAAGUUAAAACUAAGCAAUCAAUAAUUGUCUUAUUUAAAAAGUUACACACUUAAAUUUUUUACCGAAUUCGGUAAAGUUUACCGAUUUUUCAACUGCUAAACAGUUCGGUAAACUGAAUAUAACCGAAUUCGGUAAAAACUUACCGAAAUUUGGUAAUGAAGUUCAUUAUUGUUUGUCGUACAACCGAAAUUCGGUAAAAUUUCGUUCAUUUUGACUGUUUGUUUAUUGAUCUAAACUUUACCGAUUUUUAAACUACCGAAUUCGAUAAAAAAAAUCUAAGUUUUGUAAAAUAUUAUUUUUAACCAAGGCCCUGAUUUUCGGCUCGAAUAUCAGAAAUCACUCACUCAACGCCGAACGAAUCUUUGCCGACUGAAGCGCGCAACCAUUCGCGAGCGAACAAGAACUGCUAGCUGUCAGCACCUUGGCCAAUUGCCUCACACAACGAAACAAAUAAUUCGUGAAUUUCUUUGCCUACUCCGUCCGUCGAACCGAGUCACAAACGAAUAUGUUCAGAGAGGAGAGAAUCUAACAAAAUACCAGCGAGGCGCUCACUUGGCCUGCACUAACACAGUUAGCCGCCAAUUUAUUAUUGCUGUCAAACGUUUUUUUGAUGUUGUGCUAUCAAAAGAAUAAUUGCAAAACAUUUUUGAUAACAUUGAUUAUAAGCAGUUUAAUAAAUGAACGUAACCAAGCCGAUCGCAGACUAUUUUGAGUCAGCUUUGAGCAGACUAUUUUGAGUCAGCUUGGAGUGAGCGGGAGAGCAAAGAGAGAGAAUUCAGUAGCGAUUGGUGUGGUAAUGACAAACGGUAGGAAACGGUCUGAGCAGUUUUGCGUUGCGUUCGAUUUGUGAUCGCGAGUGAAUGAGUCUUCAAGAUUUUUUUUAACGUUGGACACUUUACAAAAUAGUAAAAUACAUUUUGCACAGAACUAAUUGGUUAUAACUUUAAGAAAAAAAUAAUUCAAACAAAUUGUCAAGUACUUUUUGAUUGAAAAUUUUCUAAAACAUUCUGAAAUGAAUUUGCACUUUUUUGAAUAUAUUUUUAAUAUUUUUGAAGAAUCAUGAUUUUUCAAAAAUGUUUCGCUCUGUAACCAAAAGUUCUGUUAAUUGUGUUUGCUCAGUUCAAAAUCUGAAAUUUUGGAUUCACGUAACUAUUAAUGUAUAAUGAUAGGUAACGAUGGCAAAAUGAUUUUUAAGACCAUACGAAAAUUAUAGGCUGGGCUCAGAAAUUUUAUUUUUUGCGUGAACGAAUUUUUUUUAAUGAAAAUACAACAAGAGUUUUAGUGGAACACUUUUGAGCUAUAGCCCAGUCAGGACGUUCUAGCAGGAUUCUAGCAGAGUUCUUACAGAGUUAGAUAUUCUUACAGCAUUCUAGCAAAAAUGUUCUACCGUUCUAGCAGGAUUCUGACAGAACCAGCUCUGCUAGAAUAUUUCGUGACUGGGAGGACAUGACUGGCAGUUUGUUUUGACCAAGUUAUGACUUUUUUCAACAAAUAGUGUUUUUUGGGAAUGUAAAACCUACAAAUGUAAGCUCUCAAUCUUAAUUUGAACUUCCAACUUCCAAUAAAAUUUCUCGUUUGUUUGAUAUAUUUAAAGUUGAUUCCUCUUUUUUCAAAAAUAAUGUUGUAGAACAUCUGAAAAGUGACAUUUUGAAUAAUGAUCACAGAAUUUGCGUUACUCAAAAAAACAUACACUCAAAACAACAGUUAUGUAGCAGACAAAUAAAAACUAUCGUAAACAAACACAUUCCCCCAAAAGCAAGCGCUCAAAAAGCUGUAACGCAAAGUAAUCUCAUUAGUUGUUAAGUCGCUAUUAACGUGUACACCCUUUAUCCUCCCAGGCCCCGCCCACCAGCAGUCCCUCCCUCCAGUUAAACAAGUGAAACUAUUUAUUAUUACCGUGGUCCGGCAACUGUCGUGUGAAAUAACUCAGUGUACGUACAAUUUGCUAUGUUAGUAAAACACUCCUUCGCCUCUCCUCUCCUCCACUAAAAUAACUCAUAAUCAAGUGGAAACAAAGUGUUUUCAAGUGUAAUAACCAAGCAUAAGAUUGUAAUUUAAGGCAAGAUUUUUAAAGGAAACACAUUAAAUUUGGCAAACAUAGUUUAGAAACGACCAUAUCAAAAUUCUACCUUUUAAGAGCAUCAACUGUUUGUGUUACAGUUGAGUAAAAACUCUGUUGUAUGUAUUGUAUGUUACUUUUUUGUAGAAAUACGUUCAAAUAAAAAAAUACAAAA